AUGGAGCUUGUAGGACCCAACGUGGCAGCGGAGAAGCGCGAGCAUUUCGGCGCAUGGCAUCGCUUCCUGCUGCUGACAGCGGCACCCGCCCUCGCCGCCGCCCUCGCGCUGGCCCUGGCGCCCGAGUCGCCGCGCUUCCUGCUGGAGGCCGGCCGCGACGUCGAGGCCAUGAUGGUGUACCAGUGUGAAGUUGCAUUAACUGUGGCUGCUAGAGACGCCCCAAUUGUGGGCAGUAUAUAUAAGAAUACUGUGAAAACCGUGAUUUCCUCGGUGUGA